AUGUCGGUUAAGGUCUGCGAAGCAGUCGAAGCGGCAAUCAAAAAAACGUCGAAUGCAGGACCCAGCGCCCCCCCGGUUCCCCGUCAAUGCUGGCAGCACCCUCAAGAAUACUUCGACGAACGACUGCGCCAAAGACAGCCAGAGGAGCGGGCACCAGCCCCCGAACGAAUUUUGCCAGCAGCAAGAGACCAGUAUACUUAUUGA